AUGCUGCCGGAUCGUUCCUCUUCCCUCUCAGGAUGCAUUAAACUCUUGUUCCUGGCCUUACCUGUCCUUGUGCUCCUGGCUUAGGCUUCCCCAGAUGGAUGGGUCAAAAGGUGCAGUUAUAGAAUUGGCAGAUGCAGGCAAUCUUGCAAAGAAAAUGAGAAGAAGAAAGAAAAAUGUGGGCCAAAAAGAAUUUGCUGCAUCCCUGAUGGAAAGCACAUAUCCUUAAACCCUUAUGAGAAACAACAGAUAAGAUGUCAGUUUAAGAGAAAUUAUGCCUACAUACGGACGCAGGUGUCAGAGGGUUGUAUCCACAUGCCUCCAGACCAUAGUCCCAAAGAAGUGAAAAGGGUGCAGCGGAAAUUCAGAUGCACUAAUAGGAUGUGA